ACACGUUUUUUUAGAUAUGCUUUAUAUAUUUAUAACAUCGAAUUGAAGUUACUGCAUCAAAUCAAUAUUUGUAAUCGAUUUUAGUCGAUUGUGUAUAUCGUAUUUUGAAUCACCAAUAUUUAUUUAGAUAAAGUCAAUCGUUAAAAUAUAAGUGCUUCAGGAAUAUUGUGCUAAAAACAAAGUACCACCACCUACUUAUGAAUAUCUAGACGAAGACGACGGUAGUUUCUGUUGCAAGAUUGAAUUCAUGGAAACUGAAGCUGUGGGUAUAGGACGUUCUAAGCGUGAUGCAAAACAUAACGCAGCCGCCGUUAUUAUAAAAAAACUGCGCCUUGCAGAUGCAUCACAAUUAGCGGAUGAUGGUGCGGCGAGCAUACCACCUAUUGAUAUGGUUGUGCAAUUGCGGGAUUAUUGUGUGCAACAGAGUAUGCCUUUGCCAACAUUUGAAAUUGUACAGCAGGCUGGUACACCGGAUGCACCCGAAUUCACAGCUCUAUGUACAAUUGCUUCAAUUCGACGUUAUGGCGUAUCGGAAAAGAAAAAGGACGCACGCCAAAAAGCAGCUUAUGAAAUGCUACUUGCAGUUGUUGAUGAUGUGAAUAAGCUUGAGCAAAAUAUGCAAAUAGCUACACUUCAAAAUGCCCAAGAAGACAUUGAAUCGGAGCGUUACAAAAAAUUUAAAACUUAUCGUGAGCUCACCGAAUCCGGUACUGGUGAUAUACGUGGUGUGCUAAUUUGUGAUCGACAUAACUAUUUCAAAAAAUUCUACCCUGAAUUGAAAGAAGCGGCGAAUAAGAUACUCAGAUCUAGUUACGAUUCGGUGCAGGAUCAAGCAUUGGAUGUACUGGAAUCAUUGAAAAUCACACCAAAAAUUUCUCAAAUGCCAUCAAUCAAGGCAGAACCCAUGUUGUUUAUCGAAUUGAAUUGCGAAUAUGAUGUGGUUUUUGCUGGACCGACGUAUAAAGUAUACGAAGAUAUAAUUGCAUAUUUCAAAGUGAUGCUCUAAAAUGCGUAAAUUUUAUCUUAAUGAAUCUGCAAAUACGCUCUUUAAAUUCUAAACACUUAGUACGUAAUUUAUAUUAUUAUUGAAGUAA